AUGGCGCGUGCCACGUCUUCGGGACGCGUUGCGAAGCGCCGGUCAGCAACAGGUACUGGGCAAGAGCAUAAUGGUAUGAGCACUCGGCUGAGGAGCAGGCUGGCUACGGAGGCCACGAGUGCGAGUGGCUCAAAGUUACAGGAGAUGGUUGACGAGGUCUGUUACAUGAGCACAACCGGAGAGUCGGAACCACCAUCAGAACACGAUGCUAUGGACGAAGAUGUCGACGGUCAUAUGGCAUAUAUGGAGGGACUGGAGGUAGCACGGGCGGGUAAACGCAAGGCUUUGUUUGAGGACAAGCAAUUCCCAUUGAUGCAGCUGCCUGCAGAGAUCAGAAACGAGAUCUACCGCGCAUGCUUGACAAGGCCGUUCAACAUUCUGCUGUCGAAGAAGGAGCAGCCGCGUCCUGCGCCCCGGCCACAACAGGACGAAGUCGAUGCAGACGCCCGAAUCGACAUUAGCCCGAGUAGUACUGGGAUGGAAGACGACGAGAUUGCAGGAUCUAGCUCGCAGUCAAGAUCAGCAACUCGGUCCCAGCCUACAGGGCCAAGCAUCUGGUCCAACCGCCACACGCGACCGAUGCGCGUCACCCGGCUGUCCGCUCGUCAAAGCAGUGCAGGUGCCACAGCAACCAUUGGCCGCGGGUUGAAGUGUACGACUCGGGCUCACCGACGCGUUUCGCUCCCGCCACUGCCUCUGCCUCCGCCGACUCCGCGCCCGCAAGCCGAGGACCCUCUAGUCGUCAACCUUCUCCGCGUAAGCAAGACCGUUUACCAGGAAGCGCGCAGUGUCCUUUACAGUGAGAACCACUUCAACCUCGAUCUCGCCACCGCACCCGCCACGCUUGCGACGUUACAUCAGCGGUCUCGGCGCCAGAUCAGGCAUGUGGAAGUAGGAAUCCCAUCGUACAACGAGAUACUGGAUCGCUUUCAGGAGACUGUCCGGCUGUCGUUGCGCUAUUGUUGGGGUUUGCGGAAGAUGGUCAUUUACAUGCCUUUCAGCCUGCCUACUACCGAUGGCAAUGCUGCGCCGACUAACACGACUACAGUGUAUGCUAAUGGAUUUGAUAUACUAAGAUGGCUGCCACGCCAGUGCGAGGUUGAUCUAAGGGGCAGCGUGAGUGCGGAAGUGGAGGCGGUCGUCAGCAAGAAUGCGAACUUGGCGAAGACGCUGGAUGAGCUCGCCUAUGCGCGUCGACAGUUGAUCUCGAACGAAGGGGACCGGUCUCCCGGCUAA